UCACAGCCUGCCCCUGCCGCGGCUCGGCGGCACAGGCUCCUUCGGGCGCUUUCGCCCUGGGCUGCUUUUCCCGGCGCAGCGGGGACCCAGGUAGCUGCAGGAGCUGAAGGCUGAGCCCCUUUUCUAGCCUGAUUUCUGUAUAUUUCCUUUUUCUCACACACGCCGAGGGAGCCGCGGCGCAGGACGCAGGAUGCAGCCCGGCUGCGGCGGGUGCUGAGCGCGGUGGCCGCCGGAGGAGGGAGCGGCUCUGUCAGCGCCUCCGCUCCGCGCGGCGGCAGCUCGGGCGAUCCCUCGCCCCCUUCCUCGUCGUGGCCACCCACCCCAAACUUUCAGCCUGUUGUCGCUGCCAGGCGAAGCCCAGCUCGACAUAAAUGGUGGAGGCGAUAGUGGAGUUUGACUACAAAGCUCAACACGAUGAUGAGCUGACAAUCACUGUAGGUGACAUCAUCACCAAUAUCAAGAAAGAUGAUGGAGGCUGGUGGGAAGGACAGCUCAAAGGCAGAAGAGGUUUGUUCCCUGACAACUUUGUAAGAGAAAUAAAGAAAGACAUGAAGAAAGAAAAUACUGCCAACAAACCACCAGAGAAGCCUAUAAAUGAAGUUUCCAAUGGAAGCCCUUUACUGUUGUCUGAGACAAUUAUUAGAACCAACAAAAAAGGAGAGAGAAGCAGAAGAAGAAGAUGUCAGGUGGCUUUCAGUUACAUGCCUCAAAAUGAAGAUGAAUUGGAAUUAAAAGUUGGCGACAUCAUUGAAGUUGUGGGAGAGGUGGAAGAAGGCUGGUGGGAAGGCAUACUUAAUGGAAAGACUGGCAUGUUUCCUUCCAACUUCAUAAAGGAACUCUCUGAUUCUGAUGAUGUUGGAAUAGCACAGGAGGAGCAAGUAAAGUCAAGCCUAAAAGAUGCUACAGGCUCAGAGAGUGAUGGUGGUGACUCUUGCAGUACAAAAUCAGAAGGAGCCAAUGGAGGCACGACAAUCCAACCCAAAAAGGUCAAAGGUGUUGGCUUUGGAGAUAUCUUCAAAGACAAACCCAUAAAGCUACGACCAAGGUCAAUAGAAGUUGAAAAUGACUUCCUCCCAGUAGAUAAGAGUGUUGGGAAGAAAUUACCUCCAGCCACAGCAACUCAGGAGCCAACAAAAAUAGAAGUGGACAGCAGAACAAAAAACAAGGAGUAUUGCAAAGUGAUAUUUCCGUACGAAGCACAGAACGAUGAUGAACUCACAAUCCGGGAAGGUGAUGUUGUCACACUUAUCAGUAAGGAUUGCAUUGAUGUGGGUUGGUGGGAAGGAGAACUCAAUGGCAGACGAGGUGUCUUUCCAGAUAACUUUGUCAAGCUACUCCCUUCAGAUUUUGAAAAAGAGAGACCGAAGAAACCACCACCUCCAUCAGCUCCUGUCAUCAAACAAGGAUCAGGGACCACAGAUCGAAAGCAUGAAAUCAAGAAGAUACCACCUGAAAGGCCAGAAUGUCUUCCUAAUCGAACAGAAGAAAAAGAAAGAUCAGAGAGAGAGCAAAAACAGUUAGACUUGCAGAAGCCUUCAGUUCCUGCUAUACCUCCGAAGAAACCUCGGCCGCCCAAAGCCAACGCUGUGAACAGACCUGGCACCUUGCCCCCGAGACGACCAGAAAGACCAGUUGUGCCUGUGACUCAUGCAAGGAGUGAUAGUCCAAAAGUGGAAUUAGUGGGCAGUGCAGUAUCCGGCACUCUAGAGAAAGACUCCUCUGAAAGAAGCAAUGACAUCGACUUGGAAGGUUUUGAUUCUGUAAUACCAAUUGCUGAGAAGCUUAAUCAUCCAACUACAACCAGACCAAAAGCUACUGGCAGGCGACCACCCUCCCAGUCUCUCACAUCUUCAUCCCUUUCAAGCCCUGAUUUCUUUGACUCACCAAGUCCUGAAGAUGAGAAGGAAGAACAUGUUUCCAUUACUCACAAAACUCUUGAAGUGUCAAGGAAAUCAAGAACUGUUACAAUAUCACAAGUGUCUGAUAACAAAACUUCCUUGCCUCCAAAACCAGGAGGUCUGGCUAGUGGCAGUAAUGUACAACCAUCACUAUCCCCUUCACCAUCACCUGGAUUUCACUCUAUUGCUAUGGGAACAACAGGCCACAGGUCAAAUUCCCCAUCCCUGUUUGGUACUGAAGGAAAGCCAAAGACUGAGCACUUGAGCCAAGGUCAGACUGCCCUGGAAGAGCUGAGAACACAAAUUAGAGAGCUAAGAACCAUCAUUGAAACCAUGAAAGACCAGCAAAAAAAAGAGAUUAAACAGUUGCUCUCUGAGUUGGAUGAAGAGAAGAAGAUCCGUCUACGGUUGCAGAUGGAAGUUAAUGACAUAAAGAAAGCUCUUCAAUCAAAGUGAAUACUUGAUAGAUGGAAUGUUACAUUAUUCUUCAUGACUGAGACUCAAAUUUAUGCCCCAGCCAAAAUAACUUUGUGCCAAAUGAUUUAAGAAUUGCCUCAACAUCCCUUUAUUUGAAGGAUUAGCACAACAGUUUUUGAUAGCACAACAAAAAUACCAACGAGAACAAAAUUGCUACCCAAAGCCGUGCUGUGCAGCACUAGUUGUGACUGAAAUUGAUCUUCUUGUGCUAAAGGCUCUCUACUUCAAGAUCCUAGGUGAAAUGAAAACUCAGGCAGUUUAGUCCAUAGUGGUACUAUUUUGAUGAUAUUUUUCCAUAAAUAAAGUGUAUUUCAGAUUAUCUGUUUACAAGCUUUAUGAUUUUGACUUUCGGUUUUUAAUUGUCUUUUGUCACAGAUUUUAAGAUGUUUGUACUUCAUAUAGCCAGGAAUGAAUGUUAAUGUUGGGGCUGAAGGGAUUAUUUUUGCUUCAAGAUUGAACAGCCUACUUUUCGUUAUGGUUUUAAGUUCUGUUAAAUAUGCAAUUUUUUGUCCCCAGAUCCCCUACAACUUAAACUUACAUUGUGUACAGUAAUGUAUUUACAAGAAGGAAACAAACCAACAGAA